AUGAAGGGUGAGAAGAUUGGUGCAAAAAAUCUCUACAAAUUGAAAGUAAGCAAUUUGAUUGGAAAAAUGCAAGUAGAAACAAAAGUACCAAAAGAACUGGUUGCCAAUUUGGUCAUUUUGCAGACUUUGAAGCUGUCAGUUUUUGCACCUAGAGAACAAUCAGUUUACAGGAUCUCUUUCAAAUGUGAUCUUGAGAAUCUCUCAGCUUGCUGUAUUGGAUAUCAACAACAACAACAUCUCUGGUGGUAUUACUACUUGGAUGGGCAACAUGAUACAUUUGAGGACACUUACAAUGAGAAACAAUCAAUUGGUUUUUAUUUGCAAGGGAACAAAUUCAUAGGUUCAAUACUAGAAUCUAUACUCAACUCUUCAACACUGUCAAUCUUGGACACCAGAGACAAUAAUUUGUCUGGCAAGAUUCCUGAUUCAAUAACUUCACUUCCCAAUUUACAAGUUCUUUUGCUGAAAGGAAAUCAUCUUAGUGCAUAUUUUAAGCAUACAUAUUAUGCCUAUGGAAGCAUCCUGCUAGGUCAGUACGCAGUUUAUGAUCCAAAUGAUGGUUUUAAAUAUGAAAAUGAUGCCACUGACUUCCUCACUAAAAGCAAGUCUCGAUCUUAUGAAGUUGAAAUUCCACAUGAACUAGGAAAACUGUGUCAGAUUUAUGCACUAAACUUGUCUCACAAUCAAUUGGCAAGCUCCAUCCCAAGAACUUUAUCGAACCUGAGGCAAGUAGAGAGCUUGGAUCUUUUUUAUAAUGACUUAACUGGAGAAAUCCCACCAGAACUCACAGAUCUACACUUCCUGAAGUUCUUCAACGUGGCUUACAACAACUUAUCAGGUACGGUCCCAGCCAUCAAGCCACAAUUUGGAACAUUUGAUAAAAGCAGCUACGAAGGAAAUCCGUUUCUUUGUGGACUACCGUUAGUUAAAAGCUGCGGAGCUUAUGUUGCACCACAAAACUUGCAAGCAUCUUCUUCAGAUGAAGAUGAAAGGAAUUGA